AUGAUAGUUUCAGUUUCGAAUCGGAACAAAGAUGGCCGCGAGUCAAUGAAACAUCGUAAUAAUUUACGCUUUCAGCGACCCAGAAUUUCAGUGACCAGCAUUUAAUUUUACGAUCUAACAGUGUGUUAAAAUAUAUUUGGGGGACAAUAACGACGACUGUUGGUGCUUGUUGCUGGGUUCUGUGUAUGUAGGGCACGUUACCAUGGCGACCCUGGGUGUGGUGAAAGACGUCCCUGGCUACAAGGUCAUACUGAAAGCAGUCCUGAAGAGCCAGAUACAGCAUUUGAUUGAACAACUUGCAAGCGCAACCAACGAGGAGUCGUUCAUUCUAACAGCCAGCGUAGCUGAUGGAACCCUGAGUCAUCUCGGCUCAGACUCGGCCAAAGGCUUCCUGGAAGAUCAUGAAGACCUCAAGUCCCAGUUCCUUGGCUAUUGUUUAAAAAUGUAUCAUAAACAACAGGAAGACGAACGUCGGGAAAAGGAACGAAAAGAUCAGGAAGAAGCGUUGCUCAAAUUACAAAUGGCUGCAGGGGGUCAGUACGGACAGACUGUACAUUCUUACGGCUCGCAGUUUGUGUCACCUAGGAAAUCCGGUUUAGUCCAUCCAGUAUCCUUGACCAGGAGUAGUCCUGGAAUACGCCAUGAACCGUACUCUCGGCCAAGUACAGGACAAGUAACACCAACCAAAAUGAUUGAGGUGGCCAGUGUAAAAACUGAGCCUAGGGAUGAUAGUGACUCUGAAACAGCUGCUUUUACGAAUAAUGGUCGAAGUUCUUACCAGUCUUAUUCCGCAGUAACGAACGAUGAUGAAAAUGUGGAUUAUUCAAGUGUUAAAGAUGAGAAUUUCUUGAAUGAAAGCAGAUUAGUGUGUGGUGAUAAAAGUGAGGUCAGUGAAAGUAAUACAAGUGUUAAUGUGAAACAGGAAACUGCGUUGGAUUCUGAAAUGCAUUUAGAAAUCACGAGUGUGGAGGCAGGUCUGCCUAUGCAUCCCCAGGACUGGGGUGCUAAUGCUUCCAUGGGAACGAACUUUGACCCAACCAGUGCUACUGGCGCUCAGGCAGACAUGACGGGAGAGUCAAGUAAUAGAAGGCACGAGUGCCAGAUCUGCAGGAAGUUCUGGCCCUCGCGGGCCCACCUAGAGAUGCACGUGCGCACCCAUACGGGGGAGAAACCCUUCGCAUGUCCCGUGUGUGGGAAACGAUUCAAUCAGAAGGGAAGCAUGAAGUCACAUGUGUUCCAGGUCCACAUGAAUGCCUCCACCUCGAAGAAGGCCUAAUAAGACUAAUUAUGUGAAAAUUGUGCUUAUUACAUGCGUAUAACGUGUUGUUUCAGAUUAGCUGAGCUGUUUGCACAUACGGACGACCUACUCAGCCUUAACUUGAUUUUCACUAUAAAUAAAAGAUUUCCUUUACAUGUAAAUAAAAAUCCCAUAGAAGUGGAAGUGUCCUACCUGAUCAGCCUGUGCACACUGCUCAGGCUAGUCUGGGACAACACUGAAGGCACAUGCAUUAAGCCCCGUAUUCCCAGAAGAAGGAGCAGAUGUUCGGGCCGACUGUAGCUGGACAGGAUUGUAGAGCAUUAUAGGACAAUGUAUAUUACUUCAUUUUGAUAAUAUGUUACUUGAAGUAUUACUUCAUUUUGAUAUACCGUUACUUAACUCUAAACACAAUAUUACAUUUUUAUGCCCAUGGAUCGAAUGAUCAGGGUAUAUUGUUUUUGGCCUGUCUGUCAUUGUAUGUGUCUGUCUGUCAUUGUAUGUGUCUGUCUGUCAUUGUAUGUGUCUGUCAUUGUAUGUGUCUGUCUGUCAUUGUAUGUGUCUGUCUGUCAUUGUAUGUGUCUGUCUGUCAUUGUAUGUUACUGUCAUUGUAUGUGUCUGUCUGUCAUUGUAUGUGUCUGUCAUUGUAUGUGUCUGUCUGUCAUUGUAUGUGUCUGUCUGUGAUUGUAUGUGUGUGUCUGUCCCAAAACUUUAUCCUUGGUCAUAACUUUUGCAAUAUUGAUGAUAGCAACUUGAUAUUUGGCAUGCAUGUGUAUCUUAUGGAGCUGCACAUUUUGAGUGGUGAAAGGUUGAGGUCAUCCUUCAAGGUCAAAGGUCAAAUAUAUGGCUUCAAAGCGGUGCAGUAGGGGGCAUUGUGUUUCACAAACACAGCUCUUGGUUUACUUCAUUCUUCAUUUUGAUAUAUUACUACAGUUUGAUACAGUAUUACUUCUAUUUGACAACAACGUGUGAAUAUGUACUUAGAAUAGUGAGAUAUAACUGCAAUAAUUUCAAAAGAAAUGACAUAUUUGAUGUUGAUAAAAUGUCUAGGAGAAAAUCAUUAAAGAUAUUUUUUUCCCUGGCUUUUCCCCAUGGCCGUUAGGCACAGGGGUGCCACUGUGCCUGAACCUCCAAAUCUGGGGUUACCAUAUGCUAUAAUUUCAAAAUCAGUGAAUUAUGUACCCCUGUGCUUAAAUUUCCAAACAUUACUAUUAUGAACUUGUGUUAGGUGUGAAGUUAUGCAGAAAUUAAUAUGGGACACAGGAACAAAAGGAAUCACGUUUCCAAAAAGGGGUCUUUGCCUCAAUGUCUUAACACAACCAUGGGAAAGGCCUGUUUUUGAGGUCUGUAGAGAUAUUGAUGUGUAGCCCUUUCAAUUUAUUUUGAAACUAAAUUGUGUUUACGGAGGAGGGAAGUACAUUGUUAAACAUGGUAAUACACUGUAACUCCAAUAUAGCGCAGUCAAUGGGGUCCAAGCCGCGAAACAGCGUUUUAACGGAUCCGCGUUAUAGAUUUUGAGCUCAUUUACUGCAGGGCGCUAUAAAAAAAAACAGGUAUAGAAUAGCCUAUAAUAUAGGUCAUGUAUAUUGCCAUGCUGUGUUGACACAAACACAUGCAUAUAAACCGAAUCGUAUCGAUAACAGUAUACAUACCGCUUUUCUUAUGUGCACAUUUAUCCUAUAAUCCAAUAAAAUUGCAACAUCACUUAAAAAAUAAUAAUCUUGAACAUUAAUGAUGAUAUAUGUUUAAGAAAUUCGUAAACACAACCGUACGCAUAUAUGCCAUUUUUAGAAGUGCCAAGAGUACAGUGCAUUAUGGGGCAGAGCUUUCAUUGGACGAGCGACUUUAAAUCUUGAUUGAAUGCAAUACGAAUCAUGUACAAAAAAUUGUUUUAUUGUGUCAUACGCAUGCAAAAAACGUGUUUCCCGGUGACUUUCUGAUACCGCGCGAAAAUGAAAGUGGAACUCUGUUAACAAUUACCGGUACACUGCGUUCGCAUGUAAAUAAAUCGUCUGCAUUAUUUAAUUUCUUAUACACGAACUGAAAGAUUAAAUGACAUAAUACUAGAAUGAUAAUGAAAUGACAGAAAAAGUUGUUUUAUACAGUAGGCAGUAUAUUUCACAGCCGCUCAUUUAAUAUAGUCAAACUGCAAAUAUAUAAAAGUAAGAAUGUUUCAAUCGUUUUGAAUUACUUUAAUUGUAUUACUAUCCCGCUUGCACUUAACUUAUGGAAAUUAUCGCACUGAACCGCUCUGAUGAGGAAUACAUGUAAUAAACACUGACACGCAAGUUUUUCACACCUUUAUUGACAUUACACAACAGAUUAACACCAAUUAGCUGUCGGUGUUGUUUAACCUCGAGGCGAUUACAAUCGGUUCAACGGACGGUUGAAUAAAGCAAUCAACAUGUGAUUGCCGCCAUCUUUGAAUUGUCAGAAAAUACAUGAAGUUGCAUAAUACGGAUUUGAAUCAGAAAUCAAAUGGAAGGUUGGAGAAAAAAUGGGAUCCAAGCACCCUCAGCGUUAUAUUGGAUUCAACGUUAUAACGGAGCGCGUUAUAUUGGAGUUACAGUGUAACAUCAUUUAUGAAACUUGUAAGAAAUAAUGUGAUGAUUUUUACUUAUAGUAGCUGUAUCUUUACUAUUUUGUUUCUGAUUUUAGACAUAAUGGCAUGUGCAUAAAUGUAACAUUGUUUAUUUGUUGUAAAAAAACGCACACGAAAAUAUUGCAUUUUUUCUAUUGAAA